AUGCAACCUGUCUGGGUAGGUGGCUUGCUCACACAGUACUGGGACGAACUCCGCAUGAUGGACGCUGCGUACUUUGGCAUAGAACAUGCUCACUGGAUGCUGUCUACCAUGAUUGAGACGUGUCAAAUAAACAUUUUGACUAGAUAUGACUUCAUCACCAAUAGGGCUCAGAUCCUUGCAUUCCCACAUGUUGCGAGAAACCUCGCUAAUGUCAUCCUCAUACCGAUCGAAGACUGGGCUAGGACUGUAGGACCUAGGCUCCAGGAAGUGGCUCAUGCUAUGGAGAGUCUGGGUGCGAUGAUCAUCGCUCGAGAUGCUGGACGCGGCCGUCAUGUUACCGGCACCGGUCACCCUAUGACUUUGCCUAUCCGAAAUGCUCCUCGGCACACUCCAGGUCAGAACAUCCAGUCUACUCAUUAUCAAGCCGCCCAGGCCUCCGGUACCCAAGCUUCUCAGCCUGCAAACAGCCAGGCGACGCAUAUACUCAUUGCGGUGCAGCCUUCCCAGGCUACACUCAAUGAGAUCAACGAGAUGAUUGAGAUGCUCUCUCGCCAACACCUUACGAACUGCAAGCUCCCAUAG